UCCCAGCGACGGCCGUAAGUGGCGAGCGGAAGCAGCCUUAGAAGCCCGCUGUAAACGGCUCUCUCGCGCCACUUCCGGCCGGCUUCCGCAGACGGCGCUGGUGGUCGAUCGUGAGGCGCGGAGGACGUUCCCCGCGGCCGGAGCCAUGGAGAUGCCGCUGCCCCCCGAUGACCAGGAGCUUCGAAAUGUCAUCGACAAGCUCGCCCAGUUCGUGGCUCGCAAUGGGCCCGAGUUUGAGAAGAUGACGAUGGAGAAGCAGAAGGACAACCCUAAAUUCUCGUUUCUGUUCGGAGGCGAGUUCUACAGUUACUACAAGUGCAAGCUGGCGCUGGAGCAGCAGCAGCUCAUCUGCAAGCAGCAGACCCCGGAGCUGGAGCCAGCUGCCACCAUGCCGCCCCUGCCGCAGCCCCCGCUGGCCCCUGCUGCGCCCAUCCCGCCCGCCCAGGGCGCACCGUCCAUGGACGAGCUCAUCCAGCAGAGCCAGUGGAACCUCCAGCAGCAGGAGCAGCACCUGCUGGCGCUGAGACAGGAGCAAGUGACAGCAGCCGUGGCCCACGCGGUGGAGCAGCAGAUGCAGAAGCUCCUGGAGGAGACCCAGCUGGACAUGAACGAGUUUGACAACCUGCUGCAGCCCAUCAUCGACACGUGCACCAAGGACGCCAUCUCGGCUGGGAAGAACUGGAUGUUCAGCAAUGCCAAGUCCCCGCCACACUGCGAGCUGAUGGCCGGCCACCUCCGGAACCGCAUCACAGCUGACGGGGCGCACUUCGAGCUGCGGCUGCACCUCAUCUACCUGAUCAACGACGUGCUGCACCACUGGGCCCUGACGCGCGGAAAGUCUCUCCCUCACAGCCAGCGCAAGCAGGCCCGGGAGCUGCUGGCCGCCCUGCAGAAGGUCGUAGUGCCCAUCUACUGCACCAGCUUCCUGGCCGUGGAGGAAGACAAGCAGCAGAAGAUAGCCCGGCUCCUGCAGCUCUGGGAGAAAAAUGGCUACUUCGAUGACUCCAUCAUUCAGCAGCUACAGAGCCCAGCCCUGGGGCUUGGCCAGUACCAGGCCACCCUCAUCAACGAGUACUCGUCAGUGGUCCAGCCAGUACAGCUGGCAUUCCAGCAGCAGAUCCAGACCCUGAAGACUCAGCACGAGGAGUUCGUCACCAGCCUGGCGCAGCAGCAGCAGCAGCAGCAGCAGCAACAGCAGCAACUCCAGAUGCCGCAGAUGGAGGCUGAAGUCAAGGCCACGCCCCCGCCGCCGGCCCCGCCCCCCGCCCCAGCACCUGCCCCUGCCAUCCCGCCUACCACCCAGCCUGAUGACAGCAAGCCUCCCAUCCAGAUGCCUGGCUCUUCAGAGUAUGAAGCCUCAGGAGGGGUCCAGGAUCCUGCAGCCGCCGGCCCCCGGGGCCCUGGGCCACACGACCAGAUCCCACCAAACAAGCCCCCUUGGUUUGACCAGCCUCACCCUGUGGCUCCUUGGGGCCAGCAGCAGCCGCCAGAGCAGCCGCCCUACCCGCACCACCAGGGCGGCCCACCCCACUGCCCGCCCUGGAACAACAGCCACGAGGGCAUGUGGGGCGAGCAGCGUGGCGACCCUGGCUGGAACGGCCAGCGCGACGCGCCCUGGAACAACCAGCCCGACCCGGCCUGGAACAGCCAGUUCGAGGGCCCCUGGAACAGCCAGCACGAGCAGCCGCCCUGGGGCGGGGGCCAGCGCGAGCCACCCUUCCGCAUGCAGCGCCCCCCACACUUCCGGGGGCCCUUCCCGCCCCACCAGCAGCACCCGCAGUUCAACCAGCCUCCACACCCCCACAACUUCAACCGCUUCCCGCCCCGCUUCAUGCAGGACGACUUCCCCCCGCGGCACCCCUUCGAGCGGCCACCCUAUCCCCACCGCUUCGACUACCCCCAGGGGGACUUCCCUGCCGAAAUGGGGCCCCCUCACCACCACCCUGGCCACCGCAUGCCUCAUCCUGGCAUCAAUGAGCACCCACCCUGGGCCGGGCCCCAGCACCCUGACUUUGGCCCUCCUCCCCACGGCUUCAACGGGCAGCCCCCACACAUGCGGCGACAGGGCCCACCCCACAUCAACCACGACGACCCCAGCCUGGUCCCCAACGUGCCCUACUUCGAUCUCCCUGCCGGGUUGAUGGCCCCCCUCGUGAAGCUGGAAGACCAUGAAUACAAGCCUUUGGACCCUAAAGACAUCCGCCUCCCUCCUCCAAUGCCGCCCAGCGAGAGGCUGCUGGCCGCGGUGGAGGCCUUCUACAGCCCCCCAUCCCAUGACAGACCCAGGAACAGUGAAGGCUGGGAGCAGAACGGUCUCUACGAGUUCUUCCGAGCAAAAAUGCGGGCCCGGCGGAGGAAAGGCCAGGAGAAGAGGAACAGCGGACCCUCAAGGUCUCGGAGCAGAUCCAAGAGCCGAGGGCGUUCUUCCUCCCGCUCCAACUCAAGAUCCUCCAAGUCGUCAGGCUCGUACUCAAGGUCAAGGUCGCGCUCCUGCUCCCGCUCCUACUCCCGUUCCAGAUCCAGAAGUCGGAGCAGGUCGCGCUCCUCCAGAAGCCGUUCCCGGUCCCAGUCGCGGUCCCGGUCCAAGUCAUACUCCCCAGGAAGGAGACGUCGGUCACGGUCCAGGAGCCCCACUCCACCUUCCUCUGCUGGUCUGGGUUCUAAUUCAGCACCUCCCAUCCCUGACUCAAGGCUCGGAGAAGAGAACAAAGGCCAUCAGAUGCUGGUGAAAAUGGGCUGGAGUGGCUCUGGCGGCCUCGGUGCGAAGGAGCAAGGGAUCCAGGACCCCAUCAAGGGCGGGGACGUCCGGGAUAAGUGGGACCAGUAUAAAGGCGUGGGCGUGGCCCUGGACGACCCCUAUGAGAACUACCGCAGGAACAAGAGCUACUCCUUCAUCGCCCGCAUGAAGGCCAGGGACGAGUGCAAGUAGGCACCCGUGCGGGGAGCCGCGCUGGUGGCCAGUGGUGCCAGCUGUGGGACCUUCCUGGCGGACUGGCAGUGGAAGAUCACGGUGACAGCUCAGUUCUCCCACCAUCUCCACGAGUGGAGGGCCCCACAGGAA